GUUUUAGGAAGUGGUCAGACCUCCUAGCGACGAAACGGACACACUCCGCCAGAGCCGCCCAGCUGCGCCUCCGCCACACUUUCGGCUAGUCGCAGCGUCCUCCUCCCCCAGCGCCAUCGCCCGUCGAGCCUCCGCCGGCCAAACACCAUGAAGCGAGGGCCCCUCAUCGUCGCCGUCCUGCUGCUCAGCUGCGGCACAGCCAGUGCUCAGGCAGAACCCGCGAUCUGCUACGUGCUGGACGGGAUUCUCUUCGUGUACGGAAUCGUCCUCACAGUCCUCUACUGCAGGCUGAAGAUAUCAGGUCCAUCGCAGGGUAGCGGAGAAGGCAAGAAAAAACCUGAGGAAGGCCUUUAUGCUGGAUUAUCCCCCCAUGCCCAAGACACUUAUGAGACCAUCAACCCACACAAAAAGUGACGGGUGUGACAGAGACAGUGGAGCCGUGCACUCUGUUGCACUCCUCUGCAAGCCGCCAAACCUCAUUUUAAGCCAUGUAAUAGUUCAGCAGCAGUGCAGUGCCGCAUUUUAACUUUCAAAGCUACUGCACUUUGAGGACAAUGAUAAUAAGCUUCAUUUGGUGCAGAGUAUACUGAUUGUAAUUUCUUUCUUAAUUUAUCUUUUAUUUUUUCUGUUAUUGUUGCCAAUAUCCUGCGUGCACGAUAUGAUAAAUAAAAUAGAAAAACUAAAAAUAUGGAUGUAGGAAUCUUCCGACUGCUUGUCCAGGUCAAUGUCAUCGGAUAAUUGUGUAUAUGUAAGGAAAAUGGAAACUGGAUUAAGUUACAAUUUUGAUAUUCAAUUGUUUUCCCUUUGAGUAGAGAUACGAGAUUUUUAUUUGCCAUUUGUGCAUAAAACCAACAUUCCAGGCACACUGGAAUUCUUGUAGUAGUCGCAGCAUGUUGUAUAAAUGUGUUGAAAAUGUAUAUUUUCUAGCUUGUGCGUUCGAAAAACAUGUUAAGUGUAUUUUCCAUAAAAUUACAAAAUGAACUGAAAUUAAAAGAAUUCCAAGGGCUAUUAAAGGCAGCCAUUUUUGAUACUUCA